AUGUCCAUGAAGUUGACUUCCGCACCACAGCCGUGGUUUAUCUUUGUCUGGACUCUGCUCUCGAAUGACUACUAUAAAAUCACAUGGAUUACUUUUCAGACAGUAAUGGAUUAUUCCCCCAAUUUUACAUAUUUAACACUGGAGGGGCAUGUGGAUUUAGAGCAUUACAGAUAUGUUUAUUUUAUAUUUACACUCACUGUCUAUAUAAUGAUUAUCUGCUUUAAUACUGUUAUCAUUUCUGUCAUAUUGAAAAAGAAAUGUCUCCAUGAGCCCAUGUACAUUUUCAUUGCUGCAUUGCUUUGUAAUGCCCUCCUUGGAUCGACAACUCUCUAUCCUAAAUUGCUCAUUGAUUUACUGUCUGAAAAACAAACUGUGUCUUAUAAAGAGUGUUUAUUUCAGGCAUUUUGUCUGUACACAUAUGGUGUAUCAGAGUUCACACUGUUAUCGACUAUGGCUUAUGACAGAUAUGUGUCCAUCUGUAAACCAUUACAAUAUGCAACUCUUGUAAAAAAUUCCACUGUCAGAAAGAUCUUAUUUUUAUCAUGGUUUUUGCCUUCUUGUGAAGUUGCUGUUGGUGUUAUUCUAGCAUACCAACUUCAACUGUUUACAUUUAAAUUGAAUAGAAUAUACUGUGAUAAUUAUUCAGUUGUGAAAUUAAGCUGUAAAGAAACAUCUCUUAAUAACAUAUAUGGGCUUUUUAUUUUUGUCAUUGCUGUGUUUCCUCCAGUGAUCUUCAUAAUUUAUUCUUACAGACCUGUUUACCACAUCUGCUCAUUUUCAUAGAUUUUUCUGUCAACACAAGUGUUGAAAUUAUAAAUAACAGAUUUGAAUCAAAACAAAUUCCCCAAAUUAUUGCAAUGAUCCUGUCAGUUGAAUAUAUUCUUAUUCCUCCUUUGUUUAAUCCUA